CUUCUUAUGUCAUUAAGUUAUCUACAAAGUGAACUGUAUUGUUACUUUUAUAAAAACAAGCCACAUUAAAUAUUGUUGAAAUGUAAAUAAUUGUCCAAAUCUUCACUAAAACAUAAUACUAACAACCAAGUAGGUGAUUAACUAUAGAUCCUUGGCAUGGAAAGGUCUAACUACAGUGAAAUGAGUCGAAGAGCCGGAGAGAUAUUUCGCCGCAUUAAUAGAAUCACAGACGGACCCCUGACUCGGAAAAAGUUGGUACUUAUACUUCUUAUUUUAGUAUUUUUAAUAUUGUACCUUGGACCAACAAUAUUAAAUUCAAUAUUUAGUAGAGAUGGCUCCUUAGCAAGCAGUCAAAAUGUUUGCCAUCAGAACUUCAUAAACCCUUUCCAAGAUGCCUUAAACCAAUACGAUGCUUAUAUGAGACUUGAAUCAGCAGCAACUUUAUCAUCCUUAAGCCAUAAUUAUGUGCCUUAUAUUGGAAAUGGUCUACUUGGAAUUUCAUUAGAGCAUGAUUCACACUUAAAUAUCAAACAUGGCAGAACACUGUCUCUACCUUUAUAUUAUCAUCCAUUGUACAUUGUGGAAGAUUAUGAUAUGAAAGAAUCCACAUUAGUUGACUACAAAAGUGGUAUAGUUCACAGAUAUCAGUGCAGCUCUUCUGGCAUUAAAGUAUCUUACCAAUAUUAUGCACAUAGAACUAUUCCAUCUUUAUUUGUUCAAGAAAUAUUAGUAAGCAAUCCAUUAAAUGUAGCAAAAAAGUUGCAUAUGACUUCACCUAGAUUAUCUGAUUGGCAAACAGCUGUUAAACAAACUAUAAAGUUACAUCAAGGUGUUGAUAGCAAAGAGUAUGAGGUAGUAACAGGUAUGAUUCAUUUACCAGACAGUGAUAAUGUCAUAGCCGCAGCUGUUGUAUGUCGAAAAAUGAGUAAUAAUAUACAAGUAGAAGCCCGAGAUGGUAUAGACAUAAUGAUUCUUACUACAGUGCAAUACAGUCGACCAAUAAAACAAGAUGAUUAUGCCAAACAAAAGGAUAUAGUUGAGAAAAAAGCCAUCGAAGAAAUGGAGAAGGUAAUUGCCUUAACUGGAGAUCACUCAGCUGUUAGGAUAUUGAGGGACAACCAUGCUAGAGUUUGGCAAGGCCUUUGGGAUACCGGCUUCUAUAUUUCAGAUUCUAAAGCUGCUGGCGUAAUCAAUGGUGAUAGAAUUAAUGCUACAAUAUAUGCUAUUCUGUCACAAGUACGAAGUUUUGAACAUGAAAAUCACAUAAAACCUUCUACAAAAACAGAGAUUCUACGCAGUCUGACAUAUUCAGAAGGUUGUUAUGGUGGGUAUUCAACACUAGAUGCAUUUAACUUAUGGAAGCCUUUAAAUUCUUUACAGAACUUAAAUAAUGUUGCUAGUGUAUGGAUGUUGACAUUGGAGAAGCAGGGUUGCCAUAAUCUAUUAAGAGCAGGAGCAAGUGGGGUGAACCAGGCAAUGAUAUUAAGCUUUGGUAGCUUGCGGUUUAGCAACCAACAUCUUGAAUAUAAUAUACAUCCAUCAAAACUUCACAGGGAUUUUUUAUUCCGCCGGGUUAAUUAUGGUAAUUUAACACAUGUAAAUAUUAGCAUUAUUCUACAAGAGGAUAACAAAGCGGCUAUUUUUGUUGCACUUGAUCGUUCUGAUAGAACAUACUAUGCAUGUGAUGGUGGAUGUCUGGACUCAGCUGUACAACUUGGUCCAUAUAGAAAAUAUUUCCCAGUGAAGUUAACAGAGCCCUUGACGGCAAUCUUGUAUAUUACGGCAGAUAAACAGCACAUGGAGGACUUAAAGCAUGCAAUUCAUGUGCAUGAGGUCAUAGAGGCUCCUCCUCAUGAAUCCCACGUCAUAGCUUUACAUAAACAUGGUCAUAGUUUAGGUGGUCUGAAUCCCUUGUUCUGGGUGUCCAUUAUUUUACUUAUAGUUGUGUUUCACUUAUUCCUGUGUAGAAUAAUAAUGAAUGAAUUCUGUGACAGCAGUACUAGUGUUAGUUAUAAGAGGCUGUAUAAUAAAGCCUGAGUCAAGGACUG